CCUCCCGCCGAGAUACCAUGGCUACGAGGUGAACAAUCGCUGUCCAAAAACACUCCGAAGCCAAGCUCCGAUCGAGUUAUUCGCUGGAUACUUACUGGGGAUCAUAUAUUUGGGACAGACUUUGUCCCCAGCGAUAUAACUUAUAUUACUGUUAAGACAGAAACAGCAGGUGAUGCAAUACUCGAAAAGGCUACCAGUUGUUCUCCUCCGCAGAGCAGGCGAACGUCCACCAACAGAUCUGAGGCCGCGUCGACAGAUAGCCAGCCUGAAAAGCUACUCACAGGUCAUGAUAAUGACCCUAUCAGACCGACUACUGAACAUAUCAACCGUACAUUCUUGAAAGGGGAGAAAAUAUGGCGUGCUCUUCUUGCGCAAGCUGCUUCACCGCCUGCGGGCUGGAUACGUGAGGGGUGUUUGGCUCCGUACACCUUGCUUCAAAAUAUACCACCACUCUCUCGAGAUUUACCGAAACGACGAUGGAUCAUGCGCCAGGCUCGGUGGCAAAUACCACAUCCAGAACCCCCAAGUCUUCACAGCAAGAAACGAAUGACGCUUGGAAUCCGGAGGACGUAUACAAUUCACCGAAAAAAUCCCCCCUAGAAGCUAGGAAGGCACUAGUAUGUCAAUUGCGCUCUGCAAGAUUGGCCAUAGAUGAAAAACCGGACAGUAUAGCUAUCCUUACACUUUGUGGGGCAUACAUGUUCAAUGUACGGUUUCUUGAAAUGUAGAAGAGACCUACACGAUACUCACUUACAAGAUUGACGCCUGUACUUUCCAGUAGGUUUAAGCCACAAUCCGGAGAUGUCGUUAUCUACCUUCGACGUUCGUCGAGACAACUGAUUAGAUGGCUUUGUGCACUUCUAGCGCCAGGGCCCUGGAUGGACCGUAAAAGGCUCUUUACCACCUUGGACAGCCUACUAUGAUGAAACAGCUCGAUUUGUCAUCGUUACUGAUAUGCCUUUCAACUUCAUGGAUGAUAAGCGACCUCCUGCCGCGAGCAAAGCCACAGACCUUUUGAUUGAAUUUUUUCGAUUAUAUGGCAUUGGUUCCCAAAAUGCAUGUACAGGGAGAGCUUAUCGGAACCAUUGCCGCAGCCAACAACAGGUUUUCUCGCAGCACUUGCGCUACCAUUCUACAAUGUGCUGAACCUGCAGCCGCGGCUCCCUAUACCAAGACUCGUCUCGACUGCUCACACAUAUCCCGUGCCCUUGGUCUAUAUUCGAAAGUACAUGAAGGAUCUUCGAUACUUUAUGACUCUCAGCUUAUCUCCAGAGUCUGUAGGAUCUGUCAUUUGGAGUAUUUCUGGCAGCCAGGUAUCUCGUCAGUGCCGCAACAGGAGAAGACCCUGGAGUGAGCAGAUAUUACAGUAACUGUACCGAUCAGUUUUGGGCUAGUCGGACAAAACUCUCCUCUCGAAAUGAUUUUGCAACUGCUGUUACAGAAAACGAAGCGCAGACGAAGAGAAACCAAGUUGGGUUGAAUGCGAAAUUCGAAAAAGCUCAAAUGCAUGUGGACAGUUCGCAGUACGCAUUGUGUGAAUCACUUUGCGAACAAUUGCUCUACGAUAAUUUGGGUGCUACUGUGGACCUACGGAUAGGGGGCGAUGUGUUUGGUUUUGUAUCAAAAUGUAUAUACCUGAAGAAAAAAGAAAGACUUCGAAAUGCAAAGGAAGCAAGAAGAGCAUACCAAUGGUUGUUGUCGACCGUUGAAAUGUCAGCUGAAGAGGGGCAAUCGGUACUAGAAAAACUUGAUGAAAUAUGGAUCAGCAUAGAUGACUUUGCGUAG